AUGAAUACAAUUGCGGGAAUGUUUGUAAAUUUGGGUUACAAUCCAAACAUCACUGGCGAUGACUGUGGGCUCCGAUAUGUGCCUCAAAAAUAUAGCAUUAAUUAUCCGACAAAAUGUUUUGCAAAUGCAGUCAAUAACCAGACAAUGGAUGAUAUAUUCGGUGUCUUUCGGUAUCCAAUAACCAAUGCGCCAAUUAAUAGGGUAUACGCGGGAAGUGAUGCCGAGUUCGCUGAGUCUCCGUAUACUGUGUUCAUUAAAUACGACACACCCGGCGAAGUGGGCGCCAGCGGAUGCACUGGCAGUAUAAUAAACAAACGCUGGAUCCUCACGGCUGCCCAUUGUAAUUACAAUUUUACUACAUUAUCAAAUAUAUUCUCGAGAGUCCGGGUGUUUGUGGGCGACAAUCAGCACCCGGAGGGCGGACUGUCCAUUCGUGUUGAACUCGUUAAUAUAUUUCGCCAUGGCGUUUUUAACUCGGGUUUUAAGCUCUACGAUAUAGCACUCUAUAAGCUUAACGAUGACAUCGAUAUAAACGGGUCGAUAGAGUCGGUUCACUAUAAGGCAAACACUGUAUGUCUGCCGCAAUACUCGGACUGGAAUUACGGCCGCAAUACGGACCGAGAAAUGGCCACUGGUUUUGGUUGGGGACAGUUGUACAGCACAAACAACACGGUCUGGAGGGCCACAAUAUUGCAAAGGGCCGAGGUGCUUUUGGAGGGCCUCAGCCAUGAUUGUGGUUUUAUGCUAUGCGCACGGCUUGAUUGGGUACCAGAAAUGAUUACCAGGACUUGUUAUGUAUGUAUUUUUAAAAAUACAAUUGUUUUACUCGUGUUAUCGGAUUUUAAGGGUGACUCCGGGGGUCCAUUGGUUCAGUACGUGGACAGACACCGGUCGCGGGCUGUUAUCGUAGGUGUGAUCACUUACGGGACCCACAAAAAUAAUUCAACCUUAUGCAAUUGGGACAUUGAAAAAAUCUAUUUUACACCUGUAGCCUAUCACCUCGAUUGGAUACUCUAUAUAAUCAGUAUAAAUAAUUAA